UUUUGGUAUUGGUAUUGUCCAGCCGGAUUGCAGACUUUAUCUGCAGUAAUACCUACCUCCAUUUGUAGCUGAUAAUGUCAGACACCCAAGUUCAUACUGUAGAGCCAGGCAAAGAGUUACACAAGAAGGAGCAUAUAAGGCUGCCCCCCAUCCCUUAGCUACUCGUAAAUUUUGAGUUCUCUAUUUGUUCCUUUCUUCUACCCACAUACCUACCUACUAUUUAAGCCAACACCAUGGCCCCGACACGCAAGACUGAAGCCGACUGGCUACCCUACAAAUCCUAUAUUACCAACUUAGUGAGAGAUGAGCAGUGUAAUAACGCCGAUGUACUCGAGCGGCUACAGUCUCAGGGCUUCCACGCAAGCAAGAGCCAGCUUGAAUACCAGCUGAAAAAUUGGAAUUUGAGACGAAAGCUGCCGAAAGGACAAAGCGCGGAUAUUUGGCGCUGUGUAGGCCAUCGUGUUGCUAAGCGAAGGACUGAGGGGAAGGAGAGUAAGGUAGUAAUCGAUGGGAAAGUUUACGAUGCACGCGAGGUGAAAAAAGAGAUUGGCCGCAACCAACCAAGCACUCUCUCGAGAAUCCAGCAGGGCUCUGCCAGUCCAAGCUCCCCCGAAGGCAUGGUUAUAUCGGUUCGCUCCCCCAGUCCAUUUGAUCUUCAAUCAUCUUGGCCAUCCAACUUGCCGUGGUUCAAGUUCAAACUUCGACUUACGAUUCCUGUUUCACCAACAACGACAUUCCUAACGCAAUGCACCAAUGAUCUACUUCGUCUACUUACGCGGCAUUCUAUCACCGAAGAUGGACAAGAUAUUGUGCAGUACAAUGAUUGUGAUUCUCUUCCAGUAAUGUCACGCUUGGCGUCAGGGUUGCACCGCUUCAUGCCUGAAGAAUGUCCAGAUGCAUUUCUAACUCGAGCUCGAAGUAUUAUACAUGGAUCAGGCAGUCAACGACUAGAACAACUCCUUAUGGUUGUCGUUUUUCGGCUAUCAAAUAAUAUCGAUGUGAACAAGUUCACGAAGAUAUGGCCCACAGUUCUUAACUUAUUUCAGAUCUCGGGAAUUAUGAGCAAGCCUCUGGAACGAAAGGACACUACCGAUAUCACAGGUAUGGCUGUUGCCGAAAAGCUCUAUCGUAUAGCCUUUUGGGCUGGGUUUCAUUCUGGUUUACGGCAACCAGAAGAAGUGAAAGAAGGAACUCGAACACUCAUAAAAUGGCUACUAUCUUCUGGGCACGAUCCAAAUGCUAUGGUUUCCAUAGGCACCGAUGGUUUAGGCACAGGCCUAUAUGCUGCAGUCUUAUUUCAAGAGGUGGACCUGGCCCUAAUGCUACUGCAGAGAGGAGCCAAUCCUAACCUCAAAACCAGAAUGAACUCUAAGGUGAAGCUGUAUACCACCGAGGGGAAGCUGCCUUUGUUGAUUGCAGUUGAUUCUAACGACUAUCCUCAAAGAUUCAGCCUUGUCAAAGCGCUGCUUGAUAACGGUGCUGAUCCGAACCUAUACAGUACCGAUUCAAAGCCAUAUCCUCUUUAUGCUGCAAUUUGUCAUUUUGACUUGCCGAUAAUUGAGCUUCUUAUACAAUACGAAGCAGAAAUCUCUCAAUGGACCGCCUACGAAUAUGAAUACGAUAUACCUCGGCAUUGCCCCGAAAUUCCUAUUUCGGCUUUCACAUCUAUAAGAAGUGUCAUGGGAUAUGCAGCUGGUAUAUCUCCCGAGUCCAACGCUUUAUCCAUUACGUCCUAUUUAUUGGCACAACUACGGAAGCGAAAUAAGACUACUAACGUAACCCGAUUUAUCCCAGUCGAGAGUUUGCUUAUAGCCGCCGCUAGGGGCUACAACUCAGUUCUUGCCUUGAUUCUCGAGCAAGGAAUUGAUGUCGAUGCCAGCAAUAGUCGUUUCUAUACAGCUCUUCACCUUGCUGCAUUCUGGGGCCAUUUAGACACUUGUGAUAUGUUGAUUAAUCAAUAUGGGGCAUCCGUCGAAUCGAACUCUUCACGCCAGGGGAUAGCUUCCCCUCUGCAUCUUGCAGCCUAUGGUGACCAUUUGGAUGUGGUUAAACUUUUGCAUCGAUCAGGCGCAAGUAUUAAUCCUAAGAUCCAGUGGAACGACAAUAGGGUCUCUGACACGACACCAUUCAGGGUUAAUAACAGAUGUUUCCCAUCCUCUCAUGACUUGUUCCCAUCCUCUUAUGACUUGUUCCCAUUCUCUUAUGACAUGUUCCCACUCUCUUAUAACAUGUUCCAACCGACACACAUGGAUAUUAUGGAUCCCCUGAGACAAUUCUGUUCUACCCCUAUAAUUGCAGCGAUGCACAAUGCGAAGACAGGAUCGACGUAUCAAUAUUUGGCUUCGAAAGGUGCCUUCAUACCAGAUUGGAUGGCACAUUACGCGGCCGGUAAACUUAAAGACGUUGAGCUUCUCUCAUUUCUCUUGAAGAAAGGCAAAUACUUCGAUGAGAACGCGACAGCAUACGUUACGCUACUUGAGGCCGCUCUUUUCCCAAAAGAUAUAACGGGUGAAGCAGAGGAUGAAGCAACGGAUGAAGCGUCAAACUUCUCAAGCCGAGAGAUAGCCAGGAUCUUGCUAAGUCGGGGUUUUGAAACAAGCGAAAGACACGCCGUCCUAGCACUCAUGCGAGGGGAUUGGGAUCUAGCAGUACGAAUUCUUCUUCGGUUCGAUUAUUAUGCAGGCCAUCUAUACGGAUACAUCACAAGAUCCGGGGAGGCUAUGACGUGGACUAUGAUUCAUGCAGCGUGUUUUGGUCGCAACGUCGUUGCAAUUCAUAGAGUCCUAGAUCUAGAUCUAGAUACAUACGACGAAAAGGCACUUUGUCUUGCCGUACUGCUGGCGUGUGAAACCGAAGAUGACGAAGCAGUGCGCGUUGUCGAGCGUCUGAUCGAGAGGCGUAUGCGAAAGGACUUCCGGUGCCAUGAGAUCGACGAGCAAAUUGAAACCUUGGCAGUUGGGAUCGCGUCAUGGUAUGACGAGAUAGAACUCCUGAAGUUACUUCUGAGGGUACUCUCGCCGUCACAAAUUGUGGAAAUCAAGCAACCCAUAUAUUUCCUCAACAUUGAUUUCAAUCCGGCUAUUGCGUGCUCCUUUAUACCUAUUGGCGUUGAAGAAGACACGUAUAGGGAGCAUUACUUUCCACUUCUAAAAUUUGCUACAUCACCGGAGGCUAGAACUUUGCUUUUGCGUGACCGUUGGAAAGCAGAUAUUAAGGUCCUCCAUGAGGCAGUGGAAUCGGGUGAUUCGGCAUUUGUGAAAGAGCUUUUAUUCAUCAAUCAAGGUCCUUUCGGCCAUGGCCUUCUCUCCAAAGCAGUUGAGGUCGGAAGCAUAGACAUGGUGGAGAUCCUCUUAGAAGCCAACGAGGAUAUCAACGAUAAAUCCAAUGAGAAUAAACCGAGAUAUGGUAACCCACUCCAAACAGCUAUUGGAGAAGGCCAUAUGGGUAUCUGGGAUUUACUCUUGAGUAAAAGUCCUGAUGUAAAUGCCGCUGCUGCACGAUAUUAUAAAGGCACCGCGCUUCAAAUAGCGUGCGGCAAAGGAUACCUGAGCCUUGCCAAGCAAUUAAUUUGCCUCGGCGCGAGCAUCAACGUGAAGAAGACCAAAUACCAAAAUCAAUCGGCACUCGAAUGUGCGGCGGAAAACGGAAGAAUAGACAUGAUCCAGCUUCUCCUAUCUUCCGGAGCAAUUACCACAGGGGAAUGGCGUAAGGAUUAUAUCCGGGCUGUUACGAUUGCGCAGGAAAAUGGCCAUCAGGCUGCUGCUCAAGUCUUGAGACAGCAUCGCAAAUGGGAGGCAGAAGACAAACGUAUUUUCACCGAGAUUAAAUAUCCUCAUUCCAGUCGUGUAGUCCACGUAUCAGAAAUUUGACGACUGGACACCGUACGGACAUACUAAGGAUACCAGCCUUUUGCGGACGCCAAAACAACCACGGCCGACUGGAAUAUAACAGGUAUCAAUGGAAAUCUAGCCCGGUCCCUUCAAUUACAUAGAUCUCUCUUUUACGCUCGCAUACAAUCUCCACGCCUAUGGGAACGAUCUUUACAAGUUACUGACGGGACACGUGCGCACGGGAAACGGUUGGAGGGCGGAUACGAUGAGAAUGAUAAUGAUGUCCGCUCGUAUCCGUUGAAGAAGCGGGAGCGCCCCGCUUUGGAUACAGUCGAUAUUGCCGGAAUGUAGAUCAGUUUUUGGAUAACUCUAGUUGAUGAUGAGAAACGAGGAAGUCGAGGAGUAGACUUGGAUAUGCCCUCUACAAGAAGUUAGGUACUUUUCUAUUCAACAUCUUUCGCCAAGGGGAGAUAGAUAAAUAGACUUAUAACUCGGAAAAUUAUUUCUCUUCUUGACUUAGGGGCGUACUAUGUUAAGUUACAUAGAUGUAGAUAAGACCGCUAUACCCCCGUCACAAGAAUCAUGAGCGGGGUUAGCCGAAGAUAAGACACGCCUAUAUCAGUUAUUAGUCUGUCAUCUCCAGGGUGAUUCCGUUCCUUUCUUG